AUGAAUUAAAAUCAUGAAAAUUAGCAAACUUAAACUGAAUUAGAAUAAGAAUAAGAAAGUCAACAUAAUAUUUUACCAUAGAGUUUGACACCAAAAUCUAGUUAAAUUGUAUUUCGGUAGUUAUUGACUAGCAAUAGCGAAAAAAAAGAAAAUGACUUUAUUAAAGAAGAGUAUGAAUAAGAACAGCCAAAUGAAAUUUUUAAAUAAAAAAAUUAGGAUAAAUAAUAAAACCUCAAACUAAAUCUAAAUAGGGUAGAGACAUUUUAGAAUUCUAUAAAGUUAGAAAAAAAAUUGAGAGUUUUUGUCCCAAAUGUUUAAAGAAAUGAAUCAUUUUAUUAAUAAAAAUCAAAUUUCUAACAGAAAGGAUCUAAUAAUAUAAAAAUUAAGGAUCUAUCAAAAACUCAAAACAAUUAUAACAUUUUUAAGAAUGUUAACUAACUAAAUCAACCUGGUAUUUAAAAAAGUUAGAUUAAAAAUAUUAAUGUUAUUAAAUAGCAAAUAUACUAGAAUUUCAAAAAUUUAAAUAAUAUUUCUAUCUAGCAGAGACUUGAGAAAAUUCUAUUUUCAAAUAGAUUAUUCAAGCGUAAGGAGUUUUUAAAAUCUGUAGGAUUUGAUCAAGAUGCUUAAGUUUAAUUAGAAAAAUCUAUAGAUGAUAGUUUAGAUUUUUUUAAGUUUUACAAGGAAAUAUUAUUUUUAAAAAAAGCUGUGAUGAUUUUAUUAAGUAAAGAAUAACUUGCUGCUUUAAAUCUUGUAGGAAUAGCAAUUGAAUCAAUAAGGCCAAAUUAGGGUAACACAUCGACGAGUAAAUUAUCAGAUGAAAUGAAUUUAAAUCACCUCUAAGAGUAAUUUAAAAUAUUCUAAUCAAAAGAGUUACAAUUAGAAUAAAUUAAACUCUUCUUAUCAAAAUGUGAAAACAGACAAAAUCUAGAUGUAAUUGAUUAUAGAAUACUAUCUUCUAUAAUACUAAAUUAGUCGAACUGA